AUGACAGGUGCAACAGAAUUUCAACUCCAUGGAUUUUGUGAUGCCAGUGAAAAGGCAUAUGGAGCUUGUCUAUAUCUUCGAUCAUCCGAUAAUAAAGGCAAUCAUGAAUCUGCUCUUAUUUGCUCAAAAUCACGUGUUGCUCCAAUAAAAACUGAAACUCUUGCAAGAUUAAAAUUGUGCGGUGCCACAGUGUUAAUCGAUUUAGUUAAUGCUACAAGCCAUGCAUUACAAAUGCAAUUUUCUAAAAUUUGUUUAUGGUCAGAUUCGACAAUUGUUUUGAAUUGGAUAAACACUUCUCCCCAUACACUCAAAACAUUUGUCGCUAAUCGGGUUUCUAAAAUACAAAAAAAUACAGAACCUACACAAUGGCGUCACGUUCCUACAUCUGACAAUCCAGCUGACCUUAUUUCACGAGGUCAACGACCUCACGACCUUUUAAACAACAAUUUCUGGUCCCAAGGUCCCUCUUGGUUGAGUGAAGAUAAGAAUAUGUGGCCGCAAUUGCAUGUUGAGAAUUGCAAUAUUCCAGAAGUUCGGAAAAGUAAGCCAAUUUGUUCAUUGAAAAUUACACAAGGACAAUUUAACAUUUUGGAUAAAUUUAGCACAUUUCACAAAUUGCAGGUUGUAAUAGCUCUUUGUUUUCGUUUCUUUAACAAUUCAAAAAAAUCGAAUAAAGUAGAAAGAGAUGUUGGACAAUUAACUAUUGCAGAACUCAAUAAAGCAAAACAUACAAUUUUAAAAAUGACACAAGCUCAAACCUUUCCCGACGAAUUAAUAUCUUUAAAACGUAACGGGACAGUCGACUCGAAAAGUAGUCUCUUUAAAUUGAAUCCUUUCCUAGACCAGGAUCUUAUUAAGGUGGGGGGAAGACUCGAACACGCAAACAUACCUGAUACACAAAAACAUCCUACCGUUUUACCAAAACAUCACAACGUCACAAGAAUAAUCAUUCGCGAUGAACAUUUAAAACGACACCAUGCUGGUGCUCAAUCAACCUUAUACGGGGUUCGCGAAUUUUACUGGAUUAUUAAUGGACGCAAUACUACGAGACAUAUUAUCAGACAAUGUGUUAAAUGUUUUCGAGCGAAACCUCCAGAGACAAGGUAUUUGAUGGGAAAUUUACCAAAAGAUCGUGUGUCUUUUACGACACCUUUUACUCACGUAGGGGUGGAUUACUGCGGACCUUUUUUUAUAAAAGAACACCGUCAUAGAAAUAGAACUAAAGUAAAAACUUAUGUUUCAGUAUUUGUUUGUUUGGCCACAAAGGCUGUCCAUUUAGAACUUGCAAGUGAUUCAACAACAGAUGCGUUUAUUGCAUGCUUAACGCGUUUCUUUUCUCGUCGCGGUGUUGCAAAUUCAAUUUCAUCUGAUAAUGCUACCAAUUUUGUUGGAGCAAAUAAUGAAAUAAAAGAUCUUUUUAAUGUUCUUCGUGCUCAUGAAGAAAGUAAAGAAGUUUAA